GCUCGCUCGUCCCUUUCAUGUGCCGCCGCGGCCCAAUGGGAAGGCGGAGGCUGCCUGCAAGUGGUCUAAUCUCAAUGAGGUGUCAAUCAUGUUCCCCGGUGGGUGAAGUAAGGUCUUUUGUAACCGCCUCUGUCUUUGGGAAAGAGAGGAGAGAGGAGGAAGGCUGGAGCUGAGAGGGGGACGCUGGACCGUGCUGCAGGAGGGAGCUGAGAUUUGCUCUCGCUUGUGCUUUAGCAGGGAGAAGCGGAGCACAUGGAUUUCUAAACACGCUGGGAUUUUAUACAGCUACAAAAAUAAGAACGACAACAGAACCUGACCCUACCGAAAGCAGUCAAAUGAAUCGUAAUUGCAGAUCAAUGCAGAGAAAUGGGGAAACUUCACUCGAAGCAUGCCGCCGUUUGUAAACCCAGAGAAAGUCCGGAAGGUGAUAGUUUUGCGGUGAACGCCUCUCUGGCUCGCAAAGGGCUGGAGGACUGGAUGGUGAAGCAGAAAUACUCCGGGGGCAGCGGCAGCAGCAGCGGAGGCAGCAGCUCGGGACUCCAAGGCUGCCAGCACCGGGCUGCUUGCGGGCUCUCCAGCGGCAGGGUAUGUCAGCUUCCUAGCUGCGCCCCCUCCUUUCUUCUUUCUGAAUCGGGGGAAACCAAAAGCUCUGUCUCCAUCUCUCUCUCCUUCCCGAGGGCCGGUUGUGCGAACGCAGGGGUUGCUUUGCCAUAGUGCUGCUCCAGGGGCUGCCUCGUGGGUGGUUUCCGUCUGUCCUUUGAUGAAGUUGGGAGCUGCGGAGCAAACUUGAUGCUGGUACAAAAGCCAGGGGA